GUGUGUUGGAUGGAUUUGGGUGGAAAAGUGUGUACAACACCAAAGGAUAAAAUAUACAGGACACAUACGGCACCACUCUGGACCGAUGGAACUUCACUUGUCCUGAGAAGGAGCCUCUGGUCCUUCAACAGUUCUUCAGGUUCGGUGACACCGCAACCAUAACGCAGCAACUGCUUCUGGCGCAACAGGCACUUCAGGACCCCACCCUGGAGCGUCUAGAGCGUCACACUUCGGCUCACCCUCGUAGGGCGAUGUCUCCCAAUCAUCGCCCAUCACCACAGAGUCUUCAACCUUCUGCUUUCCACCCAGCGCGCUUGCCCACGAUGCCCCCGCAUCAGAAACAUCCGCUCAACUUCAUGAAAAUGCCUGCUAAUGGUCCCAUUUCCUCGAACUCUCCUCCGAGGACCAUCAAUACUAGUCCAUUGAACACUUCUCCACUGAAUAGACUCCAAAGCAUGCAACCAUUUGACUACAGGAAACUGGGAGCUGGCCUACCUGUCUUUUCCUCCAGGGUCAGUCCUGACCACAGGAGACUGCCAGAAAACGAAUCUGUCGGCCUGAAUCUAUGUAGGACCUCAUUACCGUCUUGCUUGCCUCCUCCGCCACCACCACCUUCCUCUCUGAGUCAUUCAGCCGCUGCUAUGGUAGCUGCGUCAGUGAACUCCUUAGCUGCAGCCAGCUUAGUGGCCUCCUCCUUUCCAAGUCUUAUGUCAACCAGGAUGUCCACCGGCAGCAAAUCCCCUUCAAGUACAGAUAUUUUGUGUGGGAAUAUCAACAGUGAAGAUGACGAUGACAUAGAUGAUAACUCUUAUAGUGCCCUCAACUUGAGUAGGGACAGAGACGCCAUGAAAACGCCUAGGCAAUCCAGGGUCUUGCAUGGUAGGAAACCGUCCACUCCCACCAAAAGACAAUGGGGCUCUCCUGGUUUGCCCCUCAAUCUCGGAACGCAGUUUAUAAAUCCUGCAACGGGAAAGAAACGAGUUCAAUGUAAUGUGUGUUUGAAGACAUUCUGUGACAAAGGUGCUCUAAAAAUACACUUUUCCGCUGUCCAUUUACGCGAGAUGCACAAAUGUACGGUCGAAGGAUGCAACAUGAUGUUCAGCUCCAGGAGAUCACGUAACAGGCACAGUGCAAAUCCGAACCCCAAGUUGCACUCUCCCCACCUCAGGAGAAAGAUAUCACCGCAUGAUGGCAGAAGUUCGCAAUCCCAUCCACUUCUCAUGCCGCCUCAGCCUGGGUUAGCUUUACCUGCAUCUGCUGCUCUCAAUCCUCUGAAUCCCUUUGGUCCUUUCCCACUUCUCACUCCUCCACCUGAUAUGAAGUAUCACUCGCUGGCUUCGAUUGACUUCAAACAAACCUUAGACCUGAGCUUACAGAGGAUGAAAGAGAACAACGUUCCAUUUCAAGACUUCAGUUCGAUAGCAGCCUUGGCUAACCAACAACAGUCGGAGGAAGAUGAUGACGACGAUGAUGGCAUAGUCGUUGUUGGUGGAGACGAAGAAGAAGAUGAACAAAUCGAGAUGAAGGAACCGGAAACAACGAAUGGCAACUCUCUUCCUGAUGAACCAGAAGAUUUCAGUAUGCCUAACAAAAAACAAAAAAUGUCAGUAUCUGAUGUUGAUGAAGAUAUAGGCAGUAAUGUAGAUAGUAAUGAUGAUUCUCUCAGUGUUAUCGACACACACAGUCUCAAAGAUGAACCUAAUGUAAUAAUAAAUAAAAGGAAGCGAAAGAAUCAGAAUCCCACAAGAGUUGCUGUGAUACCAGUAAUGGAAGAUACCGUUAGUGAUGGUGAUUCUUCUAAUGAUGUUUUUUCCGAAAGGCUACUAGACCAAGUGAAAAUGGAACCAGAAGAAAAUCAGGAACUAGUUCCUGUUGAAACAAAAAAGGAAGAUAUAUCUGAUCUACCCUUGGAUUUAGGAAAAAGGAGUCCAGACGUUAAUGCCAAUGAACCAGAAAAAAAUUCGACCGGGCAGACAAUAAAGACUAGUAUAGCUCCAUUAUUCACUAUAGACAAAUUGAAAAAAGAGAAACCCUUUCUCGACUCAGAAAGUCAUGAAGAACCAGAAGAAAGACCUGCUAGUUCUGUGGAAAGUAAUAAAAGUGACGAAUCCUUCGAUUCCACCAAUCCGUUGAGACAGCUAGAAAGCCUAUCCCACGGACACUUUGGUGAUCUUAUGGCAAGAGGUUUACAUCUUGGGUUAGGCGGACAAGCCCCUCAAUUUCCUCCAUUGGGGUUUAUGAUGGGUGGUGGGCCACCGAGCCCAGCUCGGUCUCAAACUUCUUCAGUUGGCAGCAGCAAUGGAAGGGAAUCUCCAGACGAAAAUAGUCAACACCAUUUAUACGGACAUUUUGACGACGGUCAGUUUAUCACUACCAUGGACGUACCUGUCGAUAAAGAUAAUCCUCGGAAAUGCACAGCCUGUGGAAAAACUUUUCAGAACCACUUUGGUGUAAAAACGCACUAUCAGAAUGUGCAUUUGAAACUGAUGCACAAAUGUAACGUAGAUGGUUGUAAUGCAGCUUUUCCUUCGAAGAGGAGUAGAGAUAGACAUAGUGCUAAUUUAAAUUUACAUAGGAAGCUGUUAUCAACUUCUUCGGAUAAGACUGCCGCUAAUUUAUUCUUAGAAAAAUCUCCGUUUGCCCAUUUGACAAACCCAUCACUCCAUGGUGAUUUUUUGACUCGACUGUAUGCUGAAGAAGCUCUCAAAGGUCAUCAUCUAUCACCACCAAAUUUGGACCAAUUAAUGUUGAAUAGUGAUCGAAUACCUCACCCUCCUCUCCUAUUGCCUCCUCUGGGAGGUCUUCCUUUCCCCUUGGGCAGUUUUAAUCAUUUCAGCCAGUUCAAUGGGUCUUCUAUCUCAACAACCCACAAAGAUCAUUCCUCAACUUCGAGUUCACCAGUUUCUGGGUCUCCUCCUCCUCCCCCUCCUCCUCCUCUACCACCUCUUCCACCUUCUUCUAACAUAUCUCCUGUUCCUACAAAAUAUAUCCACUGUGUGGAGGAAGAUCUUCCCACGCCUGACAAAGACGGAAACGUCCCUUGCCGGCUGUGCAAAAUGGCAUUCAGUAGUGCUUCGCAACUGAAAGAACAUUGUGAAAACCACCAUAUCUCAGAGAUGUUCAAAUGCACUGUGAUGGGAUGCCCGAAAGUGUUCGUGUCGCGAACAAGGAGAAAUAUUCAUUCAGAGAAUGAGUCAUCACAUGCAAAUCCCUCUAAAGAGUCGGAGAUAUCUUCGUGACCCAUAAAGAACACAAACUUUAGCGUAAUACCAUCCUGGUGGUGAUUUUUGGUUGGUACUUAUCGAAUGAUUUUCAUAUAUGUGAUUAUAGAAUAGUCUUAUAAUUUUCCUAAAGCCAGUUUCUGUAUUCUUAUUUAUUAUCAGAGAUUCUUGCACCACUAUUUUGGAUUAUAUAUUUUUUAAUUUUGUAUUAUAAUUCAGCCAGUCUUGAUACAAUACUCAAAUAUUUGUAAAUAUAUAGUAGUUUAGUGAUCUCUUCGAGUUGUGAUUUCGCAUAAAAGCUAUAAAUGUGAAUAUACAAUUGCUCAGUUUUUGUAAUCAAAACUGUUUCAAAUAGAAAAAUUUACAGAACUGUGUCUAUCAAAAUACUCCAUCAUAUCUCUUUUCUUGUCGAAAUACAUGUUGCUUAUUCAGUAAUAAUUACGAAAAUUGUUGGUAUAACAGUUGUGUUAUUGGUUAUAUUCUAUUGGUGAUACAAAUUAGUAAUAUUCAAAAAUGUAUAUUUCAUGUGCAAUAACUUUGUAAAUAAGCUACGUUGCUUGUAAAUGUAUAGAUGUAUAUAUACCAACCUGUUAUGAUUGAAUUAAUAUCGAAAUUCAAAUCUUGAAUGUAUACGAAGCCAGUCCUAAAUGAUAUUCAACAACCUAAAAAGAUUUGUAGGUAUAUUGAGUACAGGUUUCAGAAUUUUUUUUCAGUUGGGCAUAUUGAAGUUUGAAUUAUGAUAUGUAUAAAAACUAUAAUCAAAUAUUAUUUAUUUUCAUUUCGAGCACCCCUGUGAAUCUCAUUUUGUUAUUGAAUAUUCAAAAACUCCUGUACAGUCGAACAUAAACAUGUAUUGCUCCUGGACUCAUUAAAACUCAUAGCUGUCGUAUA